GGAUUAGAGCUUGGCCAUAUUGCAGCAAGUCUCUCUGGUUAAAAUCCCUUCCCCAGUCCUGUACCAGAGAGAAAAAGACUGCAGUCCUAUCACAUAACUGUCAUAUAACAACUUCCCUUUCUAAAAGGCUCUUUUAGACCCAGGCUUCAUAUUCUGCAAGCAGAGGACAAGAUUUUGCCAAGGGAGAAAGAUUUCCUUGAAGAAGGACUGAAGAAUGCUAUCGCUCACUGAGCUUGGCCAGGAAGGAAUGGAGCAGCGGGUAAUCUCACCGAAGCCUCCUACAGUCAAAUCCACAGGCGUGUAAGCUAUGCCCACAUUCUCACAGUGAGAGCAGACACUGGAAAAGGUGGGAGACCAGAGCAGAAGAUACACAAACUGCACAAUGUAUUCCUGAAGGGAACGGGGUUCACAGCUGAUUGCUCAAAACAUGGAUUUCUGUUUCAACAGCUACUAAACACCACUUACAGAAGAAGGGACCUCUCAGCUCUUCAGCAGGAUGAACAAGACCAAAGGUGCCUUUGAGAGCCCAGAGCUUUGGACCCCAAGUCUCACACAGAACACCGCCUCGAUCAGUGUAGCACCACCAUUUGCAUUUAGCCAGCAGGCCACGGACAAAGCCCUGAAUGUGAUCCUUAUUGUGGUCCUCUUUGUCAUCAUGGUAUCUCUGGGGUGUAUGAUGGAGAUAGCCAAGAUCACAGCUCACCUCAGGAAACCCAAAGGUGUGGCAAUUGCUGUAAUGGCUCAGUACGGCAUCAUGCCUUUGACAGCAUUCGUAUUGGGCAAGCUCUUCCAGCUGGGUGCUGCAGAAUCCCUGGCCAUCCUCAUCUGCGGCUGCUGCCCAGGGGGGAACCUCUCCAACAUCUUUAGUCUGGCACUGAGAGGGGACAUGAACCUCAGCAUUGUAAUGACCACAUGCUCAACGGUCCUGGCAAUUGGACUAAUGCCUCUGCUUCUGUACCUUUACUCGGGAGGACUAUACGAGGGUGAUUUGGAGGGCAAGGUGCCUUACAAAGGAAUAAUCACCUCCCUGGUCCUAAUGCUAAUCCCCUGUGCCAUCGGUAUCAUCUUGAAUGAGAAGAAACCACAGUACACUGGCUUUAUCAUCAAGGCAGGGAUGGUUGUCCUUCUACUAUCAUCUGCCGCAAUAAUUGUUCUGUCCGUGGCCAAUAUGGGAAGCGGUAUCAUGGUCGUCUUUUCACCUUCCCUCCUGGGAUCUUCUGCCUUGAUGCCUUUUAUUGGAUUCCUGCUGGGCUAUGCUCUCUCCGCAGUCUUCAAGCUUAACGACCGAUGCAGGCGGACAGUGUGCAUGGAAACCGGCUGCCAGAAUGUACAGCUGUGCUCAACUAUCCUCAAGAUUGCCUUCACCCCAGAAAUCAUCGGCCCCCUGUACUUCUUCCCACUGCUCUACUUGCUGUUCCAGCUUGGAGAGGGACUUCUGCUGAUCCUGGUCUUCAGGAUCCAUGACAGAAUAAAACAGCCAAAUGGCAAAUGCAGCAAAAAUGAUCUGCACAACUGUGGAUGA